AUGGGGUAUUUGGUUUCAAGGAAGACUAUUCUGGAUUCAGAAGGAGUAAAUUUGAAGAAGAACAAAUACGAUUUCCUAAACUCCACAUUCUCAAGUAUAACGAAGAUUGCCCCUUGCCGUGAUCCUGGAUCGGCAACAUGGAUGGCUGUUGGGACCGGUUUCGGUAUAGUUCAGUUCAUCUGUCACGACCAAUUCUAUCAUCCGGAAAUGGACGAAGCGCUGGGAAGAAACCCCUUGAAGGAGGGUCCCGCGAAGGGCUGUUUCUUUGUCACCAAGCCACCACCAUCUUCUAAAAAUGCUAAAAGAUCUUCAAAAUCUUCAACUUCUGCUCCUCCUCCUCAAUCGAGAAGAAAUAGUCGGCAGAAUAGUGAUAGGAAAGCGACUAUUCCACGACGAUCUUUGGAGAAUCGACGCUCAUAA